CGGCGUGAGAUGCGCGGCAGGAUGGCGUCAGGACUCCUGUCCAGGAUGGCUGUGUUCCUCCUGGUGCUCCUGCAGGGCACACAGUCAGUCUACAUUCAGUACCAAGGCUUCCAGGUCCAGCUGGAAUCAGUGAAGAAGCUGAGUAACCUGGAGCAGCAGUGGCUGCCCAACCCCCGCCUCCAGGCCCAGAGCGUCGUGCCCUCCGUGUGUCACCACCCAGCCCUGCCACAGGACCUCCAGCCCAUCUGUGCAUCCAGGGAAGCGGCUAGCGUCUUCCAGGCUUUGAGGACCAUGGCUAAUGACGACUGUGAGCUGUGUGUGAAUGUCGCCUGUACCGGCUGCCUCUGAGAUGGCUGGGCGUCCUGAGCCCACCCCGGACACUUUGUCCCCAGCCCGCUGCCUUCACAGCCUGCACCCCCACCCAAGUUCCGGGGGGGACCCUGAGGUCAUCACCACCAGCCAGAGGCUCGAGCGGCUAGAUCGGGGGCACAAAGCAGUUGGACACUUGGUUGGAGGAGAGUUUGGCCCCUGAGGCAACCCUGCUGCUGAAUAAAGAUUCCC